CAAUGCUACGUGAACGAGAGAGAACUCGAUAAAGAAGCGUUGGGAGGCGUCGGUGUAAAACCACAACAGGAACCCGACGUUUAAAGCCUCACGCCGUUGGAGCAGGCUGGCAGGCCCCACCUCAAGUCGGAACGCACUUUCAGCGGAGUGCAGUUUUCCCGCCGGAGUCGGGGUCAGCUGCACCUUUCCCUAUUGCGCAGGCGCAGUGCCAGUAACAGCAUGGAAGCCGUGGGUGUGCUGUGUUUGGCUGUGGUAGUCCUAGCACCCGGCAUCUUCUGGGUUUGGCACUUCUUGGAACGGAUGAAGAGUCAGGUGCAAGCUGGCCUGUUGGAAAGAGGAAGCCGGACCCUCCUAGUGAUCGCGCACCCCGACGAUGAAGCCAUGUUCUUUGCUCCCACAUUGCUAGGCUUGGCCCGCCUGAGGCACCACGUGUUCCUGCUCUGCUUCUCUGCAGGAAAUUACUACAAUCAAGGGGAGAUUCGUAAGAAAGAACUGUUGCAGAGCUGUGAUGUUUUGGGGAUUCCACCCGCCAGUGUAAUGAUUAUUGACAGCAGGGACUUCCCAGAUGACCCAGGUGCGCAGUGGGACACAGAGCACGUGGCCAGCGUCCUUCUCCGGCACGUGGAAGUGAAUGACAUCGACCUGGUGGUGACCUUCGAUGCCGGGGGAGUGAGUGGGCACAGCAAUCACGUGGCUCUGUAUGCGGCCGCAAGGACCCUCCACUCGGAAGGAAAGUUACCUGAAGAGAGCCAUGUCCUGCCACCGCAGCCAGCUCCUCUGGUUCCGCCGGCUGUACGUGCUCUUCUCCCGGUACAUGAGAAUCAACUCUCUGCACUCCCUCUGAAGCCUGGACGCCUUUUCAGAUCCAAGGAACAAGGAGAAGAGAGACCAGGACGCCGGGGGCCUGCUCGGGGGCUGGCUAUGUCCCUGGGCCAAAGGAGAUCCCAGGGCAGGUGGCCUCCCAGAACUCUGCUCCUGUGUGGUCAGCCCUAAGGAGAGGGAGGCCGUGCAGGCCAAGGACUGCCUAAGCUUCAGCUUCUUCCUCCGGGAAGAAAACCACAACCAAAAACAGGCCCAAGGAUAAGAGUAGUUACCCUGCCAGGUUCUCCAGCUCUUGUGAGAAAUAAUAUACAUAAUAACCCGGAGUAUGUCAGGCGCCCAGCACAGAGCCUGCGGUUACUGAAGGUGAGUGAAGGCGCCCAAACCACUUCUCAGGUGCAACGUGCUGCAUCUUUACACUGCUUCCAGAGCCGGCUCACCACACACGCGCACACAGCAUUGUCUGUAUUGAAGUAGUUCAACCGAUUCCUUUAUCUUUGUGGCCUGUGCACCAGGUCUGAACCGAGGGAAAACCUGCUCUGUUUAACACCAGUCACUGACUGGGGCAGCCAAGCUCCAGUGCUGGGUACUGCUUCACACAGGGCUGAAUAUGGUGUGGCCCCUGCCUUCAACAAACUUAUGACCAAAUAUUCUGGCUCUCAGUCUUUUGGGAAAAGCAGGAAAUAGGAAGAGAAAGCUGGCCUUAAAAAAAUUGCCCUAGCCAGUUUUGCUCAGUGGUUAGAGCACUGGCCUACAGACUGAAGGGUCCUGGGUU